AUGGACCCAAAAUGGAGCCCAAACGGGCACUGGCUGGACCACGGCCUGUUCUGCUGCGGGCCGUGCUCGGUGACCGCGGUCAAGAACGGCGACGUCUUCCUCAAGUACGACACGCCCUUCGUCUUCGCCGAGGUGAACAGCGACAAGGUGUACUGGCAGCGGCAGCCGCACGGCGGCUUCUCGGUGGUGCACGUGGAGCAGGGCGCCAUCGGCCGCCGGAUCAGCACGCUGGGCGCCGGCUCCGCCGCCAGGGUGGACAUCACCGACCAGUACAAGCACCCCGAGGGCUCGGAGGAGGAGCGCCGCGCCGUGGCCGCCGCCACCUCGCACGGCUCGCGCCCUCGGCAGCGCGGCCCGGCCUCGUCCGGCGAGGUGACGCUGGCGGUGGCGUCGGGCCCGGCCGUGGCGGGCGCGGAGCUGGAGCUGCGGGCGGCGCUGCGCAACGCCGGCGCGGAGCCGCGCACGCUGCGGCUGCGGCUGUCGCUGUGCGCCGUGCGUUACACCGGCGUGGCCGGCGCCGCCUUCCGGCAGGAGCAGCACCGCCGCACGCUGCCGCCCGAGCAGGAGGACACGGUGACCAUGACGGUGGCCUACGCCGAGUACCAGCCGCACGUCGGGGCGCAGGACGCGCUGAAGCUGACGGUGGUGGCGGCCGUGCAGGAGACGGGGCAGGUGCUGGCCAAGGAGCUGCUGGUGCGGCUGCACACGCCCGAGCUGACGCUGACGCUGCUGGGCCCGGCCGUGGUGGGCCAGGAGGUGCCGGUGCAGGUGGUUUUCCAGAACCCUCUGCCGGAGCCGCUGACCGGAGCCUCGCUGAGGAUGGAGGGCGCCGGGAUCUCCUGCCCCAAACCGGUGUCGCUGGGGUCGGUGGGGGCGGGGCAGACGCUCCGGCUCAGCCAAUCGGUGACGCCGCUGCGGGCGGGCAGCGCCGCCUGGCGGCCACGCUGGAGAGCGCAGCGCUGCCGCCGCUCACCGGCUCCGUCCAGUUCAGCGUGGAAACUGGGGAUACUGGGAACACUGGGAGCACUGGGGAAACUGGGAAUGCGGGCAGGAGGAGGAGGAGGAGGAGGGGGAGGCCGGGGGAAGCACGGGGGGUGA